AUGGAGAAUAUUGAAGAUUACGUGAACAAGAUGUUGUUUGAUGACGCUGAGGAAGUUGCUAAUCAUAAUGUCAACGAUACAGCCUUGCCUGCUAUGCCUCCUCACCAUGCAGCAGAAACAUCCACGGACCCUGAGGCACCAAUACCAGUGGAACAGCAUGCUAUAUACCGUGACCUAUAUGCGGCGGCAUUCGGUGUAGAUGAUAAAGAUGCCGGUCAACUAGCUCAGUUUUCACCCUCUCCUGUGGAGUUCAGCUCCGGUGCCAAUACCUCUGUCGUACCAGAAUCAUUCUCUACUGCUUUAGGGAGCCAAAAAAUUCCUCGAUGGGAUCAAGCUGAGCAGUUCUCAUUCGCUCCUAUUGACUACAACUCAGAAAGUGCCAAUACUUCCAUGAUGCAAGAAUCGUCAUCCAGGGACUUGGGGUCCCAACAGCAAUCAGAUGUUCAACAGCCAAAUCCGGCACCACAGAAAUCAAGUUCACUGGAACCCAUACCCAUCCUGGUUAAGUCCAAGUCAUACAUUGCAUUGAGUAUUCAUCCUGAUGCCGGUGCCUCGUCCCAGCAUCCAAGUCAAGGCUUGCCAACGUUGGGCUCAAGCUACACUAAUCAAGCCCUUGAUACUGGUGCCUCAUCCCAGUAUCCAAGCCACGGCUUGCCAACGUUAGGCUCAAGCUACACCAAUCAGGCCCUUGCUCAACAACACUCCGGUUGGCCUGUUCAACAACUUUCACCAGAUGCAAGCUCAAGCUUGACUCCUGAAGAAGUAGUGCGUGGAUCAACUUAUCGAGGACUGUCAUUAGGUUUAAGUUCAAAACCCGGAGUACUUUCAAUAGGCUCCAUAUGGAAUCAUAGAGAAGUUGACCUUAAUGCCUGGGCCCCAGCUUCUCAAGCUCCACAGCGACUUAGCAGCGUUAGUGUCUCUACUUCGGCAACUCAAACAGCUCAACAGGGACUCAGCGGCACCAAUGCCUCAGCUUCGGCUACUCAAGCCACUAGCUCAUCAUCAAACGCCAGGAAGAGAAGAGCCACUUGGGAAGCUGACGCAACUGCACAGAAUGACCGUACUAUUUUCCGAACCUGGAUUCGUCAAAUGUCUGCUGAUGGAAAAAAUCAGAAGUGAUAGCCACAGAGGCCUAAUCGACAUUGUCUGGUGUAGAAGAAACUUCUCAUUAGUAUUAAUCAAUACUGUUUUUUUCCUGAAUUUGGAUUUGGGUUUGUGGUUGUCUCUUAAGUGCAACUUGGGAGUUUUUA